UUGCAGUCCUUUUUGGAAGUGUGCUGUUUCCAUUCGUGGUGCAGCGCAAAUCGCUACAUUUCGCACAUAUAAACCAAAGUGUUAUUUUUUUUUACAUUAAGAAAUAUUUGCAAGCAGAACUAUGGCAAACCCAUCUGCAGACGUGGAACUUCCGGAAGGAGCAGAGGUUCGCAAACUGUCGGAGCUGCGAGUUAUCGAUCUGAAGGCCGAGUUGAAGAAACGAAACCUCGACACGACUGGCAUCAAAAGCGUCCUGUCUGAGCGUCUGAAAAAGGCGAUUGAGGACGAGGGGGGUAAUCCAGACGAGAUCGUUGUCCUUCCGGAGUCGACCCCCAAAAAGGCCAACCUUACACCCAAACGAGGAGCGGCUAAAGAUUCCAGACAGGAAAAUGAUGAAACAGAGGAUGGCACCGUGGAGGAGGAUUCCCGGGAUGAACAUGAUGACCUUUUGGAUGAGCCUGAGAACAUGCAGGACAUGGACAUCCUUGACAUGAAUGUUCUGGAUGAGACCGAGAAUGACAGUGGGAUUCCAGCUGAUGAUAACUUGGAGGAUGAAGAUAAUUUUGACAAAACAGAAGAAGCUGACUUAAAGACUUUAGAGCCUGAAGACGAGGAUAAGGCUCUAGAAUUAGAACAAAGUGAGACUGUUGAAGGGGAUGAAGAUGUGACAUGCUCAUCAUCCAAUGCGGAUCCAGAUGCUGGUGAUGGAAAAGGACAAGCAGAAAUUGACAAAGUAGCCGGGUCAUGUUUAUCUGAGCCACUUAAAGAAGAUCACCACGGGACGAGCCCUGAAGAAGACCAAGCUGCCACCUCGGGAGGGAAAGGCGCUGUGUCCACCACUGGUGCCAAGCCGGACGACGAUGCAUCUGUUGUACGGAACGAGGACGGGGACGAGCAGAACGUCCCUGAAGAGACAUUUGACUCUGAAAACAAAAGCUCGCAGGCUGUUAGUGUAAGCGAACAGGGUGACACGAGUGAAACUGUUGAUUCAGAAAAGGGGUCUAUGAAGGGGGAGGAGGAUAAGAAGACAGAAGAUAGCGCUGCUCCGGAUUCAACCUCAACGCUGAAAGAGUCCUCUUCUGUAGAGGGCGAUGAUCAGAAAAAGAGCUCUGAAGAAAAGGAUGACAAGACCGAGUCAACGGAUGAAAAGGCCGCUGGAAGUGGUGCUGCAACAAGCAGCAGGAAUCUGUGGGUUAGUGGUCUGUCCUCGACUACCAGAGCAGCUGAUCUGAAGGCUCUGUUCAGCAAGCAUGGCAAGGUUUGUGGCGUUAAGGUGGUGACUAAUGCCAAGAGCCCCGGGUCUCGCUGCUAUGGCUUUGUCACAAUGUCGACCACAGAGGAGGCCACUCACUGUAUCGACCACCUCCACAGGACCGAGCUGCACGGCAAGAUGAUCUCUGUGGAGCAGGCUAAAAAUGAGCCUGCUGGGAAAAAGAUGUCUGACAGGAGGCACUCCACUGACUCCAAGUCUGAUGGGAAAGAUAAGACUGAAGGAGAAGGAAAAGAGCGAGAUGAAAGGACUGUUGUCAUGGAUAAGUCCAAGGGAGAGCCUGUUAUCAGCGUCAAAACCAAAAGCAAAAGCAGGGACAGGAGCACAAAGAGUCGAGAUCGUGCCUCCUCCAGUAAAGAGAGGAAGGACAUCCUGACAUUUGACCAAAUCAAGGAGCAGAGAGAGCGGGAGAGACAGCGACAACGAGAGAGAGACCUCAGAGAGGCUGAGCGACGCAGAUUCCCAGACCGCAAUCGUGACCGUUCAGAGCGGGAGCGAAUUCGUCUGUUCCGGGAACGAGAAGAAAGGAAGCACCUGAUGCAUAACAGACGCUGGUUGGAGGUUGAGAAGCAGCGUCUUGAGGCCGACCGUAUAGAGCGUCAGUUCCUGGAGCGUGAGAGGAUGCGUAUAGAGUAUGAGAGGCGGCGUGAACAGGAAAGAAUCCUCAGGGAGCGAGACGAGUUGAGGAGGCAGCAGGACCAGCUGCGCUACGAGCAGGACAGGCGCCCAAUGAAGAGGCCGUACGACAUGGAUGGAAGGAAAGAUGAUUGGCCUGAUAAGAGAAUGUCUAUGGAUGACCGUUAUGGCCGCUCAGACUUUGGUCGUCAGGACUUUGAUCACAGGGACCGGGGCCGGUUCCAAGACGACAUGUCUAUGGACAGACGGGACAAUGCUCGGGGGAUAGGUGCUGACAGAGAUGGACAGCACUUUUCAGACAGACAUGGCAGAGACUCCUGGGGCGGAGGCUACGAAAAGCGCAUGAAUACAAGGGAGGGUGGCCGUGACUGGGAUUCAGGGCGGAAGGUGGAUGGAGACAGGCAAUGGCAAGGUAGAGAUGGAAGUCUCCCAGGACCGAGCCACGUUGGGCGAGGAGGAAUGGCGGGCCGUGGAGGCUACAUGAACGCAGGAGCAUCUCAGUCUGUGUCUGGAACUCUGAACAGACAGAGCCAGAUGAUGCAGGGCAGUGGGAUGCAGGGGGGAGCCUUCGGUCGACGCUAUUGAUCUGUGGGAUAUUGGGACCGUUUCAGGUGGUCGUUAAUUCAUGGAUUAGACUCAACUCUUUUUGUACCUUUUAUUUUUUUGGUCACAAUACUUCAGUAUAUAUUUUUCAUCUUGUGAUAUAGUAGUCUUUUUUUUUAGUGGUAUUUGUCAUUUUGUUUUGCCUUCUUCGAAUCUUCUGUUUUCUCAGCUCUGCUAUAUUCAGAUGUAACUAAGCUCAGCAUCCGUCUGCUUCCUGUAUCUCCUCCUCGUGUCAGAAACUUUUUUUUACAAAGUUUCUGUUCUCAUUAAAGGAGCUUUCGCUUCGUUUAUUCUGUUAAGAAUCUCCUUUAGUGUCCUUUUCCUGAAGUCUUAUGUGAUGUUUGCAGAAGAUGAAAAUUAUUUUAAAUCAAAAUCUUUUUUUGGUUUUCAAAACUUGUUAGAUCUUGUGAACGAUUAAUUCUAAACUGUACUGUACGCGAAGUCGUGUGUUUUUAUUUUUUUGAAGAGCGUUUUGAUGAUGAUUCUUCAGUUGACAGUGUUUGCUUAUUUUAAACAUGUUCAGCUCAGAACAGCUGGCGUCUUGUAAAAGGACUGCGUGAAGUUAAAUAAAAGUUUCUUCAAUUUUCA